AUGGACGUAAAUUCCAUGCCAGGGCUGGUGGAGGAUGUGUCUGAUGCUGAGGAUGUAGACGUCAAGGGUGCAGUGAAUGCCCUGCAGAAUGGUGAUACGUGUUAUUUCUGCAAGAAAUCUGGACACCAGAAGAGAGAUUGCAGGAAGUUUGAUGAAUGGAAGAGGAAGAAUCCUAACAGGAAGUACGGAAGUGACACUCAUAAGGCCAAUUCCCGCCCCUCAAUUUUGUGUUACAACUGCGGGAAGGAGGGUCAUAUUGCAUUGGAAUGUAGAGGAGAACAGAGAAACCAGGGAAGGAGAGAGAAUGGCGGUUUUGGAGGGGGACAAAUAGCAGAUAUUGCCAAAUCCAUGGCUGCGAUGCAGGAAGUUCUGCAGAAACUGGUACAAGAGGCGGUUUUUCCCUAUGGAGUUCCGAUGACGGACGGUCGUCAACUCCUAAGAUUGCAGAAAAUAAUGAUUUGA